CCAUUAUGAAAAUUACAUCUGCAUGUUUCAGAAAAGAAUAGCUGUCGGUAAAAUGGUUUCAAGCUAUUGCUACUUUACUAAAACACGCAUGUAGUAGCGUUAUGAAAGAAAAUUCGAUAUGGAACUAUCUACCAGACACAGCACUUAUAAAGAUCUACUUGUGUCUACAAGACCGAUGGAGAGUAAACAUGGCAGUGGUAUGCAAAAACUGGAACAGGGUCUUCGCAUCUCCCUGCCUCUGGAGAACUCGAUACAUGGAUCUGGGUGGGUACAGGGCGAUAACGGCGGGGGAAAAAGCGUGCAGUUUCGCUCAAAGUCACGGGGCUCACCUGCAAUACCUCUAUCUCACCUGUAAUCACCCUACCUUCCCUUCCUGCAGAAUAAUACAGAACACUAUCGAUACAUUUCUGAAGAAUAUUCAAGCCGCAAAGCUAAUUCAUUUUGAACUAGAAAGGCUUAACAUGGACACGUUUUGGAAGUUCGAAAACCUGAAGGGAAAGGUUAUAGGCAGUUUUACACGAUUCUUUCACCGCCAAAGACAUUUAAAGAACUUUAAUAUGAGUGACGCUCACUUUUCGAUGCCAAGUGGUUGCCGGGUAUUGGAGGCUGUUGGAAGUGCUUCUGGCAGCACAAUUAGAUCGCUCUGCAUAGAGGACUUCUUUCAAUCCAGAUUGGCAGUGUAUCAAGACAAGCGAUUCAGAAAUGCUUUCUUCAUGUUCAACAGCCUGUCACAUCUGUACGUGAACUAUAGCUGUUUGUGUGAUGAAAUUCUGGAGGGCAUGGCCGCUAAUCUAACUGGGAAACUGAGGAAUAUUAGCUGCAGGAUCUACAGAACGGAUCCACAUUUUCACCGAAUUUCAUCGAAUGCCUGGGAGAAGCUAAGAUCAAGAUGUCCCAUGCUGUCUCUAGACCUUUGGUUCGAGGGUAUCGGCAUGUCGUCAGAAAUCAUCCCUAUUCUGGUGCCGGAAGCCCCCGUACGUGAGGUCCACAUGUGGACUGGGUUUGACGAGAGCGCCGACUGGCGGCUCAACGAGACUUUGAAUCACAUCGCAACUCACCACAGGAAAAUAGUUUUGCUGGCGAUGGAACUGGACAACAACAACGAGUCUAUUGACCACUGUCUAGUGCGGAUGUUGACGCGGUGUAAAGGAAUGCGAUCGUUGUUCGUCAACGCCGUGAUCUCCGUGCCAAUCAUAGACGAAAUCUGUACACUCCAGGCAAACGGCCAAAUAGACUUACAUACUUUCCAUGUGACAUCGUGCGGGUUGUCGGAAAUAGAUCGAAGUGAUUUGUGGUACAUAAAAGAAAAAUUCCUCCCCAUUAUGCUAAAUAGGGGAUUGAAUUUUAAAAUUUCUUCCGGUUAUUUUACAGACACGAUGUUUUAAAUGUAAAAAACCUCACUCAGUUACUAAAUUACUAUUUAUUUUGUGGUGAUAAAAAGUAUUUAGUAUAUGCAUAAACAUUAGACACACUGCAAAAUUGUGCAUCAUGUUAGAAGUAUUUAUUUUUUUAAUAUUACAGAGUAUUUAAUUUAUUGACACCAGAAACAAAUAUGGUCGAGUCGUUUUUGUUAGUUGCAGAUUGUGUAUAUAAAUAUAAUAUGAAUAAUAUGAAUAUUAAUACGUGUGGCAUAUUACAACAGUAUUAAUGAAAAUGUGAAGAAAACGAAAUACUCUUUCAUAUAUCGGGUUAACAGUGAAGCGGGAAAUAAAAUGAGAAACAAACUUAACGGUAAGAAAGAAGAAAGAAAGGAAGGAAGGAAAGAAAGAAAUAAUGAGUUUAAAGAUCUGGUUUUGAAACAGAAAAAUGGUAAAUUUAGUAUUGUAAUAUAUACCCUUCGAAUAAUAUGUCAUAUCUUCUUUCAAAGAAUCUGGGUCAAGAUGGUUAUAUAUUGGUCAUAUUCUUUGAACUAACAAUUUUUUUAAAUUAUAUAUUUUUAGUUUGUGUUUUAUCUUUAAGGAUAUUUAAAAGAGCGUAUAGUAAUGUUAAGUCCCAGUUUCUCCAUUUUACUUCUCUCUAUAUAUAAUAUUAAAGUUUAAUAAUGAGCCAGUUGACAAAUAUCGUUAUGCACGUUUUUAUCUAUGUAUGAUUCCAAAAAAGAGUGUUUAUCAAUUUCUUUCUAUAUAACUAAUAAAACUCUGUGUAUACUAAGAGAAAAAAGUAAAGUAACUCUUCGUAUGGUAGAUCAAACUCCAGUCACAAAAGUGUGUUUAAAUGACAAAAACAUAAUAUGGAAUUGAAUGUCGGUUAUGUGAAAAUGAAUGUCGGUAAUGUGAAAUUGAAUGUCGGCAAUGUGAAAUUGAAUGUCGGUAAUGUGAAAAUGAAUGUCGGUAAUGUGAAAUUGAAUGUCGGCAAUGUGAAAUUGAAUGUCGGCAAUGUGAAAUUGAAUGUCGGUCGAAGGAUUAACUUCCUGCUAUUGGAUGGGGGUUUUGCUUGUAGGCACUCUUUGUAUUGGUGCGACCCCGUAUUUGUUUCCAUCGGUAGAUUUUACUCUAUAAAGAAAAGUGUUUGUUGUUAUUUGAUUUUUGAUUCUAUAUUGGUUUUGGUGUAAAUGUGAGAACACCUAAUUGUUUAGUAUUUAUCAUUUCUUUUAUACUACAUCUGUAAUUAAAUGACCUUAUAAUGAAAUAAUCAGUAUCAUUCCAAAAAGGUUUUAUAAAACAUUGCUGUAAAGCCAUCGAAACCAGGACUUUAGUCAGUUUUCAUGUUUUAAAGAAAAGCUAAAGCUUCAGAAUAACUAAUUACACCGUGUAGUUCCUGUGCUUUGUCAUUACUCACUUUAUUAAAUUAAUACGUCUUAUAUUCUCAAUAAGUCGUCAUUACUCACUUUAUUAAAUUAAUACGUCUUAUAUUCUCAAUAAGUCGUCAUUACGCUGGGUAUUUCGUUUUGAGUAUAAAUAUUGUUAGUAGAUUUUAAUUAUGUUUAAUUGUGGUCUACACAUUAUUAUUAUUAUUAUUAUUAUUAUUAUUAUUAUUUAUUAUUUAUUUAUUUAUUUAUUUUUAUUUAUUUAUUUUUUUAGUUAUUA